AUGGGUAAUAUCCUGGAUAAAGAUCGAAAUCGAAAAACUUUAGGCCUUCCAAGUCAUGUGACGAAAAUUGCAUCUUCUAAUGAUAAUUCAAUUGAAACAAAUGAAAUUUCACCUGUUGUUGUUUGGUGUGAUGCAACAAUUGGUUUAAGUACAAAUGCCGAUGAUGAUAUAAAUACAUUAAUUCAACUUGGACGUAUUGUCAGUAAAAAACGAAAACUUAUACAUACAUUUAAUGAUUUAAGUAUAUGUCAAGAUUUUAUAAAACAUGUCAAUAAUAUUUUUCUUAUUGUAUCUGGUUCAGUAGGAAGACAACUUAUACCAUUAAUUCAUGAUCUUGAUCAAAUUCAUUCAAUUUAUAUUUUCUGUUUGAAUAAAUCUAGUCAUGAAUCAUGGGCAAAACAAUAUGAAAAAAUUCAUGGAGUAUGUACAGAUAUAGGAGAAGUAUGUGGACAUUUGAAAAAAUAUUUUACUUUUCAAUCAUCAUCGGAAUAUGAACAAUUACAAUUUGAUAUUUUAUAUAAAAAUUUUAUAUUACCAACAACAGAUCAACAAGAAUUAUCAUAUAUAUAUGCAAUAUUAAGUAAAUUAAUAUUAUAUAAUAUGAAUUCAAUAAAACAACAAGAUAUGAUAAAUUAUUGUCGAACAGAAUAUACAACUAAAAAUCAAAUAACAAUAAUUGAUCAAUUUGAAAAUAAUUAUUCUCAACAUAAUCCUAUAUGGUGGUUUACAAGAGAUAAUUUUUUUCAACAAAUUAUUAAUCGAGCAUUACAAUUAAAUGAUUUAUAUACAUUAUGUAUGAUGAAUCCAUUUCUAAAAGAUCUUAAUAAUAAACUUAAACAAUUACAUAGAGAACAAAUGUCUUCAUCAUCAAAAAUACUUCAUGUUUAUUUCAGUCAAUUAAUAUCAAAUAAUGACUUGGCUAAAUUGAAAUCAAAUCAAGAUGGACUUAUAUGUAUUAAUGAAUUUCUAUUUGCAAAUUUAGAACAAACAAUACCAUUAACGUAUAUUGAACAUCAAAAUUCUAAAACAAAUAUCAAUAAUAUUAAAGCUCUUUUUAAAAUUUCUAUUCCACAAACAAAUGAACCGAAUGUUGCGUAUGCUAAUAUUGGUGCUGUAAGUGAAUUUGUUCAUGAAAAAGAAUAUCUUCUAUCAAUGUCAAGUAUAUUUCAUAUUGGAAAAGUUGAAGCAUUUACUGAAGUUACAUCAGUUUGGUUGAUUAAUUUAACAUUGAUUGAUGAAAAUGAUAAGCAAUUAAUUAAUCUUUCACGAUUUAUAAAUAAAAAUGAAUUAUGUCGAGAUAAUGAUUUAUCUGAAUUAGGUUCUAUUAUUACAGAUAAAUUAUGUCAAUUUAAAUCAAUACGAAAAUUAUUUGAAAACCAAUUUAAUUCUGGAACUAAACAAAUUCGACCAAUUCUUUUACAUUAUAAUAUGGGAAUUAUAUAUGAUUGUUUAAAUGAAUAUCAAAAAGCAUUGGAUGAAUAUAAAUCUGCAAUAAUUUUAACUCGAAGUUUUGGAUCUAAUCAUCAUCAAAAAGAUAGUUUAUGUCUUAUACCAUUAUAUUCAAAUAUGGGAUUAACUUAUCAACAUAUGAAUAUAGGUAGUAAUGCAUUUGAUCAUGCUUUUCGUGCAUUAAAUAUUCUUUCAAAUAAUCGAGAAAAUCCAACAUUUCAAUAUGAACUAUAUAAUGCAAUCUAUUCUAAUCUUGGUUCAAUACUUCAACAACAAGGAAAUAUUUCUCAAGCUAAAUGUUAUUAUACCCAUGCAUUGAAAGCUCAACGUGAAUAUUUAUCAAACGAUCAUCCAGAUGUAAUUAAUCUACAGAAUAUAAUUACAUCAUUAUCUUCUGAAGAAAACGAUUGUACAGAUUAA